GUCUGCCCAGCCCAGGAAGAGCCAUUAAUAGAACCCGUUGUACCCGAAGACAAAGGGAGCAGGAGGUGGCAGCACUGGAGGGAGAGACUCCCCCUAAUCCAGGCUAAUUUCACUGAAAGUUACCUGGCACUGGUGUGAUUGUACAUUUUUACACUAAAGCCUCCAGGGAUUAAAUUGGUUGGAUCCUUCCUGCUCUGCAAACAGCAGGAGUCAUUUUCAGGCAAGGAAACACCCCCUUGCUGCUGCAGGCGGGGCAUAGUUUGAAUUCAGGAAUUUGAAACAAAGCCUGUUACAAACUGCCCAGAGGGAGCCAUGGCUGCAGAGAACCCAGUGGAAAGUGUCCAGGAAGAAGCGACAUGUCCCAUCUGUCUGGAGUAUUUCACAGAACCUGUCAGUCUGGAGUGUGGGCACAAUUUCUGCCGAGCCUGCAUCGCCCAGUGCUGGGAGGGAACCGAUACAGCCGCCUCCUGCCCUCAGUGCAGAGAAACUGUGCAACAGAGAAACCUCAGGCCCAACAGGCAGCUGGCAAAUAUCCUAGUACUCGUCAAGCAGUUGAGUUUACAGGCGGCAAAAGGAGCAGGAGGGGACUGGGUGUGUGAGAGACACCAGGAGGCUCUGAAACUGUUCUGUGAAGAGGAUCAAACCCCCAUCUGUGUGGUGUGCGACAGAUCCCGGGCUCACCGCGCUCACACAGUGGUUCCCAUCGAGGAGGCUGCCCAGGAGUACAAGGAAAGAAUCCAGGCCCAUUUGAAGACUCUGAGGGAAGAGAGAGAAAAGCUGCUGGGAUUGAAAGCGACUGGAGAGGGGAAUAGCCGGGAGUAUCUGAAACAAACACAAAUCGAGAGGCAGAAGAUUGUGUCUGAAUUUCAGCAACUGCAGCAGUUCCUGGAGGAACAAGAGCGACUCCUGCUGGCCCAGCUGGAGAAGCUGGACAAGGAGAUUGUGAGGAUCCAGAAUGAAAAUGUCAGUAAAUUCUCCGAGCACGUUUCCCGUCUCAGUGAGCUGAUCAAUGAGAUGGAGGGGAAGUGUCGGAAGCCAGCGAGUGAAUUCCUACAGGAUGUCAGAACCACCUUGAGCAGGUGUGAGAAGGGGAAGUUCCAGCAGCCAGGGGAGAUUUCUCCUAAAUUGGAAGAGCGAGUCAGUGGUUUCUCCCAGAAAACGAUUGUGCUAAUGGAGAUUCUGGGGAAGUUCAAAGACACUCUGCCAUCUGAAUUGGAGAGAAAAACGGGAGGAUCAUUUGGAGCACACAGACAAGUGACUGUGACUCUGGAUCCAGACACAGCUCAUCUCAAACUCGUCCUGUCUGAGGGAGGGAAAUAUGUGAGAUGGGGAUACAAAUGGCAGCGACUGCUGAACAACCCUGAGAGAUUUGACUCUGAGCGCUGUGUGCUGGGCUGUGAGGGAUUCACCUCGGGGAGACAUUGCUGGGAGGUGGAGGUGGGGGGUGAGGGAGGCUGGGCCGUGGGGGUGGCCAGAGCAUCUGUGAGGAGGAAGGGAGGGAUCAGCCAUAGCCCUGAGGGGGGGAUCUGGGCUGUGGGGCAGUGCGGGGAUCAGUUCCAGGCUCUCACCUCCCCUGAGACCCCCCUGCCCCUGAGCCGGGCCCCCAGCAGGAUCCGGGUUUGUCUGGACUGUGACCGGGGGCAGGUGACAUUUAUCGAUGCUGGUGAUGAGGCCCCGAUCUUCAUUUUCCCGCCGGGCUCCGUCCCUGGGGGGAGAAUCCGACCCUGGUUCUGGCUGGGGCCGGGAUCCCAGCUCAGACUGUGUCCCUGAGACACGCAGCAGAGGAGGGAACUGGAAAUCUGCCUCUCUAGCCUCAUGAACCCUAGUCUCUAUGAUCUUGGAGGACUCCUAUCUGCCCAGCCCCUGGUGCCUCAUCUCUAUGGCCCCUGGAAGCUCCUCCCCCUCCCUGCAGUCCCAGGAGACAGAGGGGGAAGAACCCCUGGGGUUGUGGGGAGACAUGCUGGGUGGGGGUAGCACUAACAGCUGGGCAGGAGA